AUGUCAUUACUUUCUAUUUCUGAAAUAACACCUUACAUGUAUCUCUCUGGAUAUGGUUGUAUAUAUGAAACAAAAAUCAGAAAAUUAGGUAUAACUCAUAUUAUUGAUUGUACAAAUAUUCCAAAGCCAAAAAAAUUUAACGAUAUAAAAUAUUUACAAAUUCCAAUAAAUGAUGGUGAAACAGAAAAAAUUGAAGCUUAUUUUGAUACAGUUGUUGAAUUUGUCAGAGAAGCUAAAGAUUCAAAUGGUAAAGUUUUAAUAUAUUGUUCUGCUGGUGUAUCCAGAUCUCCUACAUUAGCAAUUAUUUCUUUAAUGACAUUAGAAAAUGUUUCACUAAAAGAGGCUUACAUUCAUAUUAAUACCAUUCGCCCAAUCAUAUCUCCCAACAUAGGCUUUUGGAGGCAAAUGAUAAAUUAUGAAAUGAUACUUAAAAAUGGAGAAUCAACUGUUUCAAUGCUUAAAGGGAUGAGGAAACCUGUACCUAGUGUUUAUUUACAAAGGCAAAGAACACAUUAA